AUGACUUUUGGACGUCGGGAAGGCAUGAAUAUGCGGUCGUACUUCGGAUGCUCCGGUUUGGUCUUUAGCGAGAAAUGUAUUUUGGCGGAUCUACUUAGCAGGAUCAGAGUUGCUCAGCAGAGUGAUCAGAGUUUGUUGGAUGCGACGAGAGUGACUGGUUCUAAGUAUGAGGUCUCUGCAAAUGGGACUAUCUUGGUCCGUGGGCGAGUUUGUGUGCCUAAGGAUGUGGAGUUGAGACAUCAGAUUUUGGGAGAGGCUCAUGCGAGCAAGUUUUUCAUUCAUCCAGGUGCGACCAAGAUGUACCAUGACCUCAAGAGGUACUAUCAUUGGGUCGGGAUGAAGAGAGAUGUAGCAGACUGGGUUGCGAAGUGCAACACUUGUUCCUUGGUGAAGGCAGAGUAUCAUGUUCCAGGUGGUCUUUUGCAGAGUUUACCCAUUCCAGAAUGA